GGAGGGCAUCGGUUGGAGCUGUGACAUUGUUUGAAAGGAAGAAGCAGUGCCCACGAAAAGUCUUUGGCAAUGAUGCAUGACCAUAUCGGAUAGUAUAAGCCCCGCUUGCACUCUUAAUGAUAUAGGCAGGCAGGGCGUCGCAGUUAAAGCAGCAGAAGCAUAUCACAAAUUAUUUAAAUUUAUGGGUCCUUGGGAGCUAAGUGCCUUCAGAAGACUGCAGGAUGGUGGAUCAGCACAAUUUCACAUUUCUGAUAGAGUUGAGAAUUGGAAUUUAAUUGAAUUUUACGAUGAUGAUGAUGAUUUGUAUUGUAUGUUUGGUUGUGAAGUGAAGUGUCAGAAGUGGCUGAGAAAGGAAGUCAAUGGUUAG